UCACGUGUCACAGACACAGCCAAUCAGAGGGCACCACAGGCAGCCCCGAGGCGCAGAGGCAGCAGCGUCCCGCAGAUCAGCCGCUGCUGGGUCCAUCUCCGCUCGGCGACGACGGGCGAGCGAGGGGGUUGUUUUGAUUAAGGUUGACGGAUUUUCUUUUUUCUUUCCCCCUCUUCUUCACCUUUUUUUUUUUUUCCUUCUUCUGGAGUCCAGCAUGUUUCACGCGCUCCCGGGCCGCUCAACCCUCGGCUGCGCUACACUUCACGGGACGGAGAAAUAAAGUUGGGAAUAACCGAUCCUCAAAGCGGAGAGGAGCAACUUUUCCAACGGGCUGACCUAUGCUAAGCUAACCCAGUAGCCGAAAAGACACGAUUUUUUUUGGGGGGGGGAGGGUUGUUUAAAAGUCCACGAACGAAACGCCGAACGUAACAUUUCGGCAUCCGUUGGCCGGGAGAGUCGGAACUCUGCGGGAGAAGUCCGCCCGCCGGAGGCGGACCGUCUGCGGGGCAGUGCGGUGCAGGUGCACCUCCAGCGGCACCUGCGAGAACACUCGCCCAGCUCCAUCUGUGCGGAGCUAACGUGUAGCUUUGUCCACGUUAGCCUCGGCGGCGCAGAGGCAAACUCUCCCCUCGUCGCCGACAUUACUCGAGAGUCGAAGGCUUCGCUUCCAGUUCCGGGGUUUCUCGCCGUGCCGUCGGCGGCGACGCCGGCUCCAACGGUAACUUUUCCGCCGGAGUGGCGACGUGGCUACAUGCUCGCAGACGCUCUCUCCCACGGGACCUCGGGCACGGUGUGAGCGCGCCGCGGGCUGCGCCGGGGCUUCUCCCCCUCCGACCCCGUCCGCUCGUCCUGUGCGCGCAGCGGCAUGCGGAUUUCAACGCGAAACCUCUCAACGCUUUAAAGUUUCCAAUUGAGUUCUGAAAGCUCCGCACCCUAUGGUGCCGCUACGGCCGCCGAGAAAUGGAUGUCUCGCAGGCCGCUUUCCCGAACGGUGAAGGGCGGCCGAGCGGCGGCGGCACCGGGGAGCAUGCCUGGACGGAGUCCCCCGCGGUGCGGGCGUGGGCUCACUCCGCCCCGCUCUGCCCGACCCGCUCCCUGUGGACGGCCGCGUACGACUACGAGGCGAGCGGCGAGGACGAGCUCAGCCUGCGGCGAGGCGACGUGGUGGAGGUGCUGUCCAAGGACGCGGCGAUCUCCGGCGACGAGGGCUGGUGGACGGGCAAAAUCAACCACCGCGUCGGGAUCUUCCCCGCCAACUAUGUCACCUAUCAGCCCGCCAUCUACCGGCUGCCCGCCGCCAGUGGCUCGGCGGGGGCGCGGGAGCGGGUCCCGAGCUCGCCCGUGCAGAUUCCGUUCAGUGAACUGGUGCUGGAGGAGAUCAUAGGCGUGGGCGGCUUCGGCAAAGUGUACCGGGGCACAUGGAAGGACCAGGAGGUGGCCGUGAAGGCGGCCCGGCAAGACCCCGACGAGGACAUCACGGCCACCGCCGGCAGCGUGAAGCAGGAGGCGAAGCUCUUCUCCAUGCUGCAGCACCCCAACAUCAUCAAGCUGGAGGGAGUGUGCCUGGAGGAGCCCAACCUGUGUCUGGUGAUGGAGUACGCCCGAGGCGGGACACUGAACCGGGUGCUGACCGGGAGGCGCAUCCCCCCGCACAUCCUGGUCAACUGGGCCGUGCAGAUCGCACGCGGGAUGCACUACCUCCACGAGGAGGCCGUGGUGCCCAUCAUCCACCGGGACCUGAAGUCUAGCAAUAUUUUAUUACUUGAAACGAUUGAGAACGACGACAUCGGGAGGAAGACGUUGAAGAUCACAGAUUUUGGCCUGGCCAGGGAGUGGCACAAAACCACAAAAAUGUCAGCUGCAGGCACCUACUCCUGGAUGGCCCCCGAGGUCAUCAAGUCAUCUCUGUUCUCCAAAGGCAGUGACGUCUGGGGCUAUGGCGUCCUGCUGUGGGAGCUGUUAACAGGGGAGGUGCCUUACCGAGGGAUAGACGGCCUGGCUGUAGCUUACGGCGUGGCAGUCAAUAAAUUAACUCUACCAAUCCCAUCCACUUGCCCUGAACCCUUCGCCAAGCUCAUGGAAGAGUGCUGGGACCAGGACCCCCAUGUGCGCCCCUCCUUCUCCUGCAUCCUGGAGCAGCUGUCGGCCAUCGAGGAGGCAGUGAUGGCCACCAUGCCACAGGACUCCUUCCACAGCAUGCAGGACGACUGGCGUGUGGAGAUCCAGGAGAUGUUUGAUGAACUCAGGACCAAAGAGAAGGAGCUGCGCUCCAGGGAGGAGGAGCUGACGCGAGCAGCCCUCCAGCAGAAGUCUCAGGAGGAGCUGCUGAAGCGCCGGGAGCAGCAGCUGGCAGAGAGGGAGAUCAACGUGCUGGAGAGAGAGCUCAACAUCCUCAUCUUCCAGCUCAACAAAGACAAGCCCAACGUGAAGAAGAGGAAGGGCAAGUUCAAACGUUCCCGCCUCAAACUGAAGGAUGGAAACCGCAUCAGCCUGCCCUCAGACUUCCAGCACAAGAUCACGGUGCAGGCGUCACCCUCAAUGGACAAGAGGCGGAGCCUUCACAGCACCAGCUCUUCCCCCCCCAGCAGUCCCACGCUCAUCCCUCGCCUACGAGCCAUUCAGCUCACUCAAGAUGAGAGUAACCGUACGUGGGGCCGCAGCGCCCUCUUCAGGCCGGAGGAGUUCGAUGAUGUGAAAAAGGGAAUCAAGAAGAAAGGAAGAACCUGGGGCCCCAGCUCAAUACAGAGCAAAGAAAGGCCUGCUGCUGCCGAGAGAGUGCGUCCUCUGUCAGACGGCAGCAACCCCUGGUCCACCAGCCUGGUGAAGGCCCAGAAGUCUGUCCCUCUCGCCGCCCUGUUCGCUGAACAAGCAGGGGCCGGUAAAGACGAGGCUUUCACCCAGGACUGUCCCGACAGCAGCUCCAAACCAAAGCAGCUCAAGUUCCCCAACCAGGUGUACAUCGAUCUACCUCUGUGGAGGGACGAGCAGCAGCCUCAGAGCCCCGGCGGGCACUGUGGGCCUGGAGACUCUGGGGUCGGGGUGGCAGGUCAGGGCGGUCCACCAGAGACACCAGACGACCCCUACACUACCACGUCCACCUCGUCCACUUCCACCACCCCACAGCUCACCCCCACCAACAGCCUGAAGCGGACGUCAGCCCGCCGCAAGACGGACUCUGUGCUGUACGGCUGCGGCUCACUGCUGGCGUCAGUUGUGCUCGGCUACGACAUUAGAGAAGCUCUCAAAAACUCCGCCCCCGGGGACGAGUGCGAGCCCCAGCGUGAAGAGAAGGAGAAGAAGAAGAAGGAGGGCCUGUUUCAGCGCGCCACGCGGUUCCGACGCAGCACCUCGCCGCCAAACGGGCGCUCCCGCAAAGACGAGGCCUCGUCGAACCCCACCCCCACCCAACCUGUUAAUCUCCUCUCCAUGUCGGCAAUUAUGGAAUGCAACUCCACCAAGUGUCUCCUGCAGCCUGAGGUGGACGUGUCAGAGUCGAGAGACGGAAAAGUUGAGCUUGUGGCUGUGAGUGAACACACAGAGCCAGCCAGACCUGGCCCAGCGGCAUCCACAGAGGGCCAGAACAACAGGACUCCGGCCAAAACACAGACACCAGUGCAACCCCAAAGCCAGCCACCAGAGCAGAGCAACCACAACACAGGGACACGACUGCGCAGGAAGAAAUACAACAGCAACCACAACACCAAUGGCGCACCCAGUCUGCCUCCUCCGGCCACACAGAGGAAGCAGGACAAAGGGAAGGAGGGAGCAGCAGAGAAGGAGGCGUUCUCCAGACCACGGCCCGUGUCGUUCCGGGCCAAACCCCACGCCUGGGCCCUGCUGCGAGGACGCAACAAGAGCUACUCCCUGGGCCACUUCUCCGGAGAGAAGGCGGCACAAAACCUGAACAUGGUGCUGUCGUCGGAUGUGGGGGUGGGCUGCUCCCUGCUGGACAUGGACACAGAGGGCCAGAAACGAGACUGCACCGUGCCGCUCUGCCGCAUUCAGAGCUCCCCGGCACGGGCGUCUGUGUUCGAGCUGGAGAAAGAGUUCCUCUCGUAGGCGAUCUGCCGUGGUCACAGUUAAACCUACACAAACUAGAGCUUUCCAGAACAUGCAGAACAUUUGGCCUAGAACUCCUGGAGGGUUUAGAACCAGGCUGCCAACACAAAGUUCUAUAACAUAGAACCCAGCUUUGUCUUAGUUCUAGAACAUAGUGAUGUCGGUGCUCUAGAACAUAACCAAGUCUGAGACUUCUGGAGGACGUCUGUGUCACAGGAGUUCUAGACUAUGCACCUUUAUCUCAGUCUGAGGAAGGACACACACACUCUGCAUCACACACACAGGCACACGCACACACACACACACACAGUCCCGACACCACAGCGGAUCGUUCCCGAGCCGGAUCAGCAGCUCCUCCUCUGAUCCGUCGGCUCUCGCCGUGAGUCGCUCUUCCUCGCUCCUCCUCCGUCUUCCUUCCCCGUCUCGUUCUGUCGGUGCAGCUAAACGUUGACCGCCGCUGCAGCUUUUCGCAACACAGUACCCUCACCUUUUUAUUUAUAUAUAUAUUUUUAUAGGUAAUUUAAUAUGAAAAGACUUGACCUUACCUUAGCAACCAGCAGGACAUACAUUCCAUGUCAGUUUCAAAGUUGUGUGAUCAAGCUUGUAGAUUUUUUUUUUUUUUGGGGACUUGAGAAUCACGCAUUUAUGUGCCCUUAAAAUGUCGAACAAAAAACAAUGAAUUAUGCCUUGUUUGUAAAUAUUUCUUUUUAUCCGUUCUCAGCCUGAUGCUGACACUUGCUUUGUACUGCACACGUGCUGCUGUACGACAGUCUGACAGUUUAGCCACAGGUCACAUGCUCCUCCCCCUUCAACGCCCUGAAGGUUUUGUUUCGAGAUGCAGUUAAAAGAAACUCCUCCAAAAGAGAUUAGGAUUUUUUUUUUUUUUCCCAAAAGUUGGAUAUGAUUUCAAAAGGACUGUUGUGCUCAUGUGUUGCUUAUAUUGAUUUGAGUAUUUAUAGAAAGGUUCUCUUUUAUAAUAUUCCAUAUACCCAGCACACUGUGUCACAGGGCUGGAGUAGUGGUCACACAGUGGACAGUACCUGUACUGUGAGCCCCACUGACCCUGCGCCUUAGGUGCCGCCACUAUGUCCAAUUCUUGUCCUCAUCUUUAUGAUCAUGUGAACAUUAUUCAUGCUUUUCUUUAAACCACAACAAUACAUUGACUUGAUUACUCAGCAUAUACGAUUUAAGCCCCACCGCUGUUAUAAAUGUAACACGCCUUAAUCGCACAGUUUCAUUGGUUUGACAUUUGGCUGAGUCAGGUCUUUGAUUUUCUUUCAUUUCUUUUUGUACCCAUUUUAUGUAACAUUAAGUUGAACGGUUUCCCUUUGUCAGAAACAUUUCUUACAUUGGAGAAUCUGAUUUUCUCAAGCUCAGGAAAGUCAGGAGUCUUUCCUGAAGACAUUAUGCUGUAGACAUUCUGUCUCUACAGAUUUUAUACUGAACCCAGUACCAUGGUCACUGCCGGGCUCCCUUUUUAAAAAUUGAAGAAAUGAUCGCAACACCCAUCCUUUUAAUGGGUGAUGAUUAUAAACUCCCCCUCCCCCAUCUUUUUAUCGCCGUCUUCCUCGUCUGUUUUUCAGAUUUCAUUAGAAAGUGUGUUCCACUUUUGAAGGACAAAACAAGGUCUCCUUUACAUGAAGAUAUGAAUUCCUAAGUGGUGUAAAUAUAAUUGUGAUUCCUGAUGUGUAUAUCACUGUGGCAUCUUAUGAUGAUGUAGAAUGUGAAGUAUCCUGUGUUCUGUGCUUUCAGACCAGGUCCAACACUGUAAAGGCCUUACGAAUCAUCAGCAGUUUACAUUUUACGAGUCAAGAAAUCUGGGUUUGCCCAUUUAUUUUUUAAAGAAUGAAGUGUAUCUGUAGAAACCACGAUGCACUGGUACUGUACAUUCCCCUUGAAAUAUUGUGAAUCACUUUGAAGCUGAAGUCUGCAGUUUGGACAGUGUUUUGAUCUGUUACAGUUAAAGUCGACUCGACGAACCCGAAUGAACUUCCCUCUGCGUUUUUGACAAACUGCGGCAACAACAUUUGUGAAACCGGUCAUGAAGAAGCUGCGUUCAGGCUUCUGGCUACGGGACCAAAUUCAGCUGCACCAGCACUAAGGACCAAAACCACUGAAUGAACUAGCUGCUAGUGAGGAGUUCUUACAAAGAAUAGAACUUCUCAAACGACCUCAGAGGUGCAGUACAGGGGUUUUUGCUGAGAGACCGUCUGAUCAAAUCCACAAGACUUCCUGUUCAAUGCAACACUUCCUGUAGAUCGCUGAACACUGCUGCGACGCCGAGUGUGUCGGACGCAGCUUUCGGUGAUCAACUUUUGUUAUCAUUACAGUAUUGGCUGUUUCAUGCCUGAUUGAUCAAGAGUAUCAAGUUUGUCAACAUUUUGAAUAAAGUUUAAAUCAAUGUGUGA